AUGUUUUAUGAUGGAUUGUAUCUUAAAGGUGGCUUUGAUUUCAAUAUUGCUGGUCAAUGUAUAAUUCGGACACCAGAUGUUGCCUUUAUGUUGAAGGAUACUUAUUGGUUACUUGAUCAUCACCAGCAAUGGACCUUCAAAGGUCAGCCAUUUAUGCCUACCUGUGUUGUGGAAAUCACAGUUGUUCAAGAAGGAUAUCAAGAAUUCAAUGAUUUAGAUCAGAAAUUCGCUUUAAAAUGGACUUGUCAGUUGAACUUGACAUCCUCAGAAUCAUCAUCAGAAAGUGAUGAGGAAUUACAAAUUAAUUGUCCUGAAUGUGAAAUAACUUUUACACUUUUAUGA